AUGGCCGUUUACCGGGUCAAGGUGGCCACGGGCACUGACCCGAGGAGUGGGACGCAUGACUCCAUCUCGCUGACCCUAGUGGGGACGGGCGGGGAAAGUCACAAGCAGCGGCUGAACCACUUCGGCAGGGACUUCGUCACCAGUGCGGUGGAUGAGUACACCAUCUCCUGUGCCCAGGACCUGGGAGAACUGAUCUUGAUCCGGCUGCACAAGGAGCCCUACUCCUUCUUCCCCAAGAAACGCUGGUAUUGCAACUAUGUCCAGAUCAGUGCCCCCAACGCCUGCACGUAUCACUUCCCCUGCUACCAGUGGAUGGACGGUUAUGAGACUCUGGAACUCAGGGAAGGGACAGGUAAAACAGAGGCAGACGACUGUCUUCCAAUCCUACUGAAUCAUCGCAGGGAGGAGCUGAGAGCAAAACAGGAUUUUUACCACUGGAGGGUCUUUGUCCCUGGACUUCCCAACUAUGUGAGCAUUCCCAGCUACCGCCCCCCAGUUCGGAGACACAACCCCAACCGACCAGAGUGGAACGGCUACGUCCCGGGGUUUCCCAUCCUCAUCGACAUCAAAGCGACCAAGUUCCUGAACUCCAACCUGCGUUACUCGUUCCUCAAAACGGCCUCCUUCUUCACCCGCCUGGGGCCCAUGGCGCUGGGCAUGAAGCUGCGAGGCCUGGUGGACUGCAAGCGCUCAUGGCGGAGGCUGAAGGACAUCCGCAAAAUCUUCCCCGCCAACAAGACCAUCGUGUCGGAGUACGUGGCGGCCCACUGGCGGGAAGACAGCUUCUUCGGCUACCAGUACCUGAACGGCGUCAACCCCGGCUUACUCUGCCGCUGCACACAACUUCCGGACAAAUUCCCCGUCACCGACGACAUGGUGGCCUCCUCCCUGGGCGACGACACCUGUCUGCAGGCCGAGCUGGAGAAGGGGAACAUCUACCUGGCGGACUAUAAGAUCCUGGACAACAUCCCAGCCAUCGAGCUCAAUGGUCGGCAGCAGUAUCACUGUGCCCCCCUCUGCCUCCUGUACUGGACCCCCAACAAGGAAAUGUUACCCAUCGCCAUUCAGCUCAGCCAGACCCCUGGGCCGGACAGCCCCAUCUUCCUGCCCAGCGAUUCGGAGUGGGAUUGGAUCACGGCCAAGACGUGGGUGCGCUACGCCGAGUUCUACUGCCACGAGGCCAUCGCCCACCUGUUGGAGACCCACCUGGUCGCGGAGGUCUUCUGCCUCGCCACCCUACGCCAGCUCCCUAUGUGCCACCCCAUCUACAAGCUCAUGAUCCCCCACACCCGGUUCACCAUCCAGAUCAACAGCAUCGGCCGUGCCCUGCUCCUCAACAAAGGGGGGCUGUCCGAGCGGGGCAUGUCUCUGGGCCUGGCGGGCUUUGCGGAGGUGAUGUGUCGAGCUCUGUCUGCCAUGCGCUACGAUUGCCUCUACCUCCCCGAUGACUUCCGGAGGCGCGGAGUUGAAGACCUGGACAAUUACUACUACCGGCAGGACAGCCUGCGGGUGUGGGCGGCCCUGGAGAGGUACGUCUCUGAGAUCGUGUGCUACUACUACCGCAGCGACGCGGCCGUGGAGAGGGACCCAGAGCUGCAGGCCUGGGUGCGGGAGAUCUUCACCGAGGGCUUCCUGGGCCAGGAGUCCACAGGCAUCCCCAGCUGCCUGCGCACGGUCCCAGAGCUGAUCCGCUACCUCACCAUUGCCAUCUACACCUGCUCGGCUAAGCACGCCGCCGUCAACACCGGACAGCUGGAGUUCACAUCCUGGAUGCCCAACUUCCCGUCCUCCAUGCGGAACCCGCCACUACAGGCCAAGGGACUGGCCACGGCCCAGACCUUUCUGGACACUCUGCCCGACGUCAAGACCACCUGUGUCACCCUGCUCGUCCUCUGGACCCUGAGCCGGGAGCCGGACGACAAGAGGCCCCUGGGUCACUUCCCGGACAUCCACUUUGUAGAGGAGACGCCACGGCGGAGCAUGCAGACCCUGCGAUGGCGCCUGGACCAGAUCUCCCACGACAUCCGCCAGCGCAACAAGAACCUGCCCCUGGCCUACAACUACCUAGACCCCAUUCUGAUCGAGAACAGCAUCUCCAUCUAGCCCGAUGCCCUCCACCACCCCGCAAGGGUGUUCGCGCUGCCCCGACUCCCGUCCUGAGGGAGGAUUCUGGGUUCCCCCUCACACCCUCCUCACACACACUUCCUCGCUCCCACCCCAGUCGCGGAAAGGCAGAGCCACGCCAAGGACCCAGGCCUCCCGCAUCCCAGGCUCUUAGUCCCCAGCUUCCCUCUGGGACUCAGGUGUCCUGUCCUCUUAAUUCCCGGUCCUCCCCACCCAAAUCCCAGGCCCUCUUCCCUUAUCCUCUGUUUCCCCCCACCCCUUACUGGACUCAGACUCUCCUCACUUGACCCGGCUCCCGGAGCCUCAGCAUGGGGGUCUCUUCCCUAGGCACUUAAAAAAAAAACAACCACAACUCACACACUCCCCUACAGUGGCACUGAUAUUUUGCUGGGGUCUUGGUGUGCAAAACAUAAU